ACAAUGAAGAAAAAUUUGUCUUAUAAAAGGAGAUCAUGAUGUCCAUCGUUACAAAACUCAUAUCAGCACUAAAAAAAACACAUCUCUCUUCACAAAUUUUGCAGGUGAAAUUGCUAGAGUUGGCAAUGAAAGGAUAUACACUCGCAAUAUGUAUGCCUCUGGUGGCGGCAAUAUGGCUUUGGUUUCGGUUUCAACAACUGCCACUACCACUACCGCCGCUAGCAACAACUUCAAAUGAUAGCAAAUUAGUACCGUUAGAAUACGAGUACCCGGUAGUAAAAUUUACCACCGUUGGUGCUACUGGGGAAAGCUAUGCAGCUUUUAUUACGGAGUUGCGCAAUCGUAUAGUAACAGGAGAAGAUAUGAGGCAUGGAAUACCAGUGCUAUGUAGAACCGUGGAUAUACGUUAUCGGUUCAUUUUAGUGGAACUUACGAAUCGACAAGGAGUUACUAUUACGCUGGCAAUCGAUGUCAUUAAUCUAUAUGUGGUUGGAUAUCGAUCGGGGUAUAACGCCAUUUUCUUGCGUCCGGACAAUGAUGCUGAUAGAGAGGCAAUUACUAAUCUUUUUCCGCAUGCGAGCCAACAAACUUUGACAAAUAGAGGUAACUAUGAUGACCUUGAACGAAACGGACGUGCAAGAUCUGAGGUUAAUUUAGGUCUCUAUGCACUAGAUAAUGCUAUUUCAGCAUUGGAAGGUUAUGCCACGGGCGGCCAUGGCAUUGUUACGCUUCAAGAUUUGCUUUGUUCUUUCAUCGUUUGUAUCCAAAUGAUUUCGGAGGCAGCACGAUUUAAUCUCAUCCAACAUGAUAUACGAGUCCGAAUUGAAGACAACCAAGAACGCCCGCCAGAUUCUCGUUUAAUUAGUCUUGAAAAUAAUUGGGGAAGCUUGUCUGAACAAAUUCAGACAUCGAAUCAAGGCGUCUUUGUUAGACCAGUUCAACUAAGUCAGAGAAACAAUGAACCAUUACCUGUUGAUAGCUUAAGCCCAGCAUUGAUUAGGAACAUGGGUGUUAUGCUAUACAGUUGCGCGAAUUCAAGGAUGAACAACUGGGGAUCCCGCGAUUACGAAUCUGAUGAAGAUGUUUGCGCUUACAAUGAGCCUACAGUGCGUAUUAACGGUCCAAAUGGCUUAUGUGCUGAUGUAUAUAAAGGGGAGUUCUAUGAUGGUAAUUCAAUAAUCUUAUUUCCCUGCAAAACUAAUACAGAUCCAAAUCAAUUUUGGACCUUAAAAAGAGACGGCACUAUUCGAUCCAACGGAAGAUGCUUGACCAUUUAUGGGUAUAAUCCGGGAGACCCCGUCAUGAUGUAUCAUUGUGACUGCGCUUCCAUAGAUGACACCCGUUGGGAAGUAUGGGACAAUGGAACCAUCAUACAUUCCGCAUCAGGUCUAGUUUUAACAGCAAAAUCUUGGGAUCAAGGCGUUAAACUUACGGUGGAGACUAACGUCUAUACAACUAGUCAAUCAUGGCGACCUACAAACAAUACGCAACCUUUUGUCGCAUCCAUUGUUGGAUACGAAGAUCUCUGCUUGCGAGGAAAUGGAGAGGAUGUCUAUGUAGAGCAUUGUGAAGUUUCUAAGCAAGAACAGCAAUGGGCUCUUUAUCCAGAUGGUUCAAUUCGGCCUCAAGAGAAACAACAAUAUUGCCUUACGGAGGAUGGUGAUUCGCGAGGAACUGUCGUUAAGAUCUUCUCUUGUAAAAUUGGAUCGUCGGCUCAAAGAUGGGAGUUCAAAAAUGAUGGCUCUAUCUGGAAUUUGAACUCCGGAUUGGUAAUGGGUGUCGAAGCAUCCGAGCCAGGCCUACAACUCAUUGACAUUGAGCCAUACUAUGGUACAGAAAACCAGAUUUGGAACGUAGUGUACUAAUUGAUGGUUUUUAUCUAAAGUCUACGCCCGUUUUCUUGCAAUAAAUUACCAAGUCAUGUAGUAUUUUUUUUUUGAGUCUAUUUUUGGCUUAUUAUAUGUUUUUGUCUUUUAACUAUUAGUUGUUGUCUCCUACAAAUAUUAAUCAAAACCCCAAUCUAUAGUUGUAUCAUGUUACUUGUGAAUAAUUAGCAGUUUUACUCUAUUAACUUUC